UUCAAGUCAGUCGCAGAUUGACCAUGUCGCCGACGUCAGCAGAACAGGAGCCUUCGCGCUUCUGGUGCCACGAGUGCGGCGCUGCCGUAAAUACGCGCGUGGACGACGCCAGCGAGGAGGUCUGCUGUGUCCAGUGCGGCGGCAACUUUGUGGAGGAGAUCGAGGAAGACGAUCCGCCACAGGAUUUUCAGGCUGAACAAGUAGAAAACAUACAUACACAAACUCAACCACCGACAGUCUCUGCGGAAGACACGACGCGGGCGGAAAUCCGUAAUGAGUUUGGCGGUACUCGCCCGUUGCCACGACCAACAGUUCGAGCCGCCAGGUUUACAACGUCAGAUGAAGGGCGAGAAGGAGCUCCGCUGCCUGAUUUGUUCCAGUUUUUAUCGGGUUCUACUGGACGGAAUACACGCUUCAUGAGCAGCACUGGAAACCCCGUGGAGUUUUACGUUAGUGAGUCAGGAGAAGGUGGAGGAGAUCCGAUGGGCAUUUUGGAUGCUUUGGGAGGCAUGUUUCCAAUGCUGGCCGGCAAUCCUGGUGACUAUGCGUUUGGCAAUAUGGCUAAUGUGAUUAACCAACUCAUGCAGAAUGACCCCAAUCGGGUAAGAUAUUGGAAGGCUUACAGGUUUGGCUGGUGUGAUGUCUAACUUGAUGCUGUACCGCUAAAUUACCAGCAUGGGGCUCCUCCUGCAGCUAAGGAGGUCGUAGAAAAGCUACCGAAGGUGAAGAUCACUCAAGUUGAAGUGGACGGCAGUGCUGAGUGCCCUGUGUGCAAGGAUUUCUUCGCUGUGGAUGAUGAGGUCCAUCGUCUACCGUGCGAGCACUCAUUCCACCCAGACUGUAUCCUUCCCUGGCUGAAGCAGCACAACUCGUGCCCACUUUGCCGAUUCGAGCUGCCCACAGAUGACCCAGAUUAUGAGAGACGACGUGCAUCCUCCUCCUCCACAUGAGAUAACCACACAAGACUCACAUCCACUCUCAAGCAAGGCACGAUGCAAAGCAGUACAUGUAGUCGUUUAUUAGUCAUUUUCACUGAUAGAGUAGUAGGCCAAAUGAACAAAAGAGUUGGUCGUGCUUUGGCGCGGUAUAACAUGACGAAGAUUCGGAAUGAAAUCUAAUGUGCAUAUUUGAAAUUCCGGAGGUUUCACAAGUCGAGGGGUCGGAGGCAAUUAGCAGCGUAAUGGUAGUGUUGAGACCUGGUUCUAGCGUAUUGAAGCCAGGCGUUCGUGAAAGGCAGCGCGAGCUAGAGACGGCGAUAACCAAAUAUGAAGUAUUUUCUUUCGUGCUCA